CAGACGCGCACCGCACAGUCGCUCUUUUGCGCACAGACACUUCUCCUUCAUUCCCACUUGUCUCCACUGCGCUCCUCUUUAUCCUUCCUCUCCUGCAGAGCGUCAGAGCCUCGACCUCUGGCUGCUUCACUUUCUCUUUCAGAGGUUCAGUAGAAUGAAGUUCGCGCGCUGUGCACUCCGGACUGAAGAAACAAUGUGAUUCUGGUCUCGUGGGGGAUUUAGUGUCGUGACAUGCUUUCAGGACCCGGCGUCUCCACAAGGAAAUGGGACUCUCUGCAUGUAUGGUUACAUGAAUGUCAGCGCUGCAGGCCAGAUGCCGGUGAUGGAGGAGCUUGUCAGUGAGAGCGACAGCAUGCCAAAGCGGAUGGCUCUGAUCUGCUUCCUGUCUCUGGUCAUGCUGAUGAGCAUCCUGGGAAACAUGCUGGUCAUGGUGGCCGUCUGCAAGGACAGACAACUCAGGAAAAUCAAGACCAACUACUUCAUCGUGUCUCUGGCGUUCGCCGACUUGCUGGUGUCGGUGCUGGUGAUGCCGUUCGGUGCCAUCGAGCUGGUCCACCAGCACUGGAUCUACGGCGAGACCUUCUGCCUGGUCCGGACCUCGCUGGACGUCCUGCUGACCACCGCGUCCAUACUGCACCUGUGCUGCAUCGCCCUGGACAGGUACUACGCUAUCUGCUGCCAGCCUCUGGUCUACCGGAACAAAAUGACGCCCAUGCGAGUCUCUCUGAUGAUCGGCGGCUGUUGGGUUAUUCCCACCUUCAUCUCCUUCCUGCCCAUCAUGCAGGGCUGGAACAGCAUCGGCAUCGACAACCUGAUUGAGCAGCGGCGCCACAGCGAGGGCAGCAACUCCACGUCCUGUGUCUUCAUGGUGAACAAGCCAUACGCCCUCACCUGCUCUGUGGUGGCCUUCUACAUCCCUCUGGUCCUCAUGGUGCUGGCCUACCAGAGGAUCUACAUCACGGCCCGCGCUCACGCCCUGCAGAUCAGCAUGCUGCAGCGGGCGGGAGGAGCCGGCGGGCCCGACUCCGCCGACCAUCAGCGCAACCACCGCAUGCGAACAGAGACUAAGGCAGCAAAGACUCUGUGCAUCAUUAUGGGGUGUUUCUGCCUCUGCUGGGCGCCGUUCUUCAUCACCAACGUGGUGGACCCCUUUAUAGACUACACAGUGCCAGACAAGCUGUGGGCGGCCUGCCUGUGGCUGGGCUACAUCAACUCCAUGCUGAACCCCAUCCUCUACGCCUUCCUCAACAAGUCCUUCCGCCGUGCCUUCCUCAUCAUCCUGUGCUGUGGGAGGAAGAGGUACCGCAGGCCGUCCAUCCUGGCGUCCAACGCUCCCUGUACCGCCACGCAGAUCAACGGCUCCACACAUGUACUGAACGGCUGCUCCUCUGCCUCCAAGCUGCUGCUCUGGUUCUGCAACACCAGGCCAGUGCCUGUCUAGCUGCUGUAUGUGUAGGGCGUCUCAAGGCUCUAUCAAGUGAGUCUGCAGCCUCAAACACUCACACAGGAAAACACACACAAACACAAACACACCCACUGAGGUCA